CUGUGUAGCAGACCACUGAGCCCCACCUCCACAUGGAUCAACAGCUAACAAAUUGAUUGAUCACGAUACAUUCGUCCAACCGCAUCGCGGCUCUCAUGUCUUUUCUUUCUAACGGCUGUUCUGAUUGGGUGGAUCAAGUGUCAAUCAAAGAGUUAGCCACGUCCCCUUUCUGGACAUCAAACCACAGAGAAAAAACUGCAACAGGGGCUAACUUAAACAUAGGGGGAAAAGUGAUACAAAUCGUUUUUUUUACAUUAUCGGUUAUUUAAUUGCCUUUUUUUAUUGUAAGUUUUAAAGAACACAUUUUUUUCUUGCGUUUCGACAACUUUCUUCUCUGUUUGGUGCGGCCGUGUGGGGAUGGAUGAGAUGCGGCCUAGUAGCGGAGCAGCAGCGCACCUCGCCUCGCUCUUUCCCCCAGGAUUGCAGGCCAUUUAUGGGGAAUGCAGGCGCCUGUAUCCCGAUCAGGCCAACCCGCUGCAAGUCACAGCCAUUGUGAAGUAUUGGUUAGGGGGUCCAGAUCCUCUGGACUACAUUAGUAUGUACAGAAACUUUGGAUGUCCUGGACAAGAUAUACCAGAACAUUGGCACUAUGUCAGCUUGGGUCUAAGUGACUUGUAUGGGGACAACAGAGUUCAUGAAUUCACAGGUCAAGAGGGCCCAAGUGGUUUUGGUUUUGAGCUCACAUUUCGCUUGAAGAGAGAAGCAGGAGAGACGGCACCCCCUACCUGGCCAGCUGAGCUCAUGCAAGGCUUGGCUCGAUACGUGUUUCAAUCAGAAAACACAUUCUGUAGCGGAGAUCACAUUUCGUGGCACAGUCCGUUGGACAACAGCGAGUCUAGAAUCCAGCAUAUGUUACUCACGGAGGACCCUCAGAUGCUGCCAGUGCAGACCCCCUUUGGUCACGUCAGCUUCUUUCAGAUUGUGGGUGUUUGCACAGAGGAGCUGCAGGCAGCGCAGCAGUGGAACGGUCAAGGCAUUCUGGACCUGCUGAGAGGAGUGCACAUUGCUGGGGGUCCAUGGUUAAUCACUGACAUGCGAAGAGGGGAAAAUCUAUUUGACAUUGAUCCACACUUGCAACAGGAACGAGUGGAUAAGGGCAUAGAGACGGACGGCUCUAACCUGAGCGGGGUCAGUGCCAAGUGCGCCUGGGAUGACUUGAGCCGACCUUCCGAGGAUGAGGACGACAGCAGGAGCAUUUGCAUUGGGUCACAGCCACGCAGGCUGUCAGACAAAGACACUGAACAGAUUAGAGAAGCCUUGAGGAAAGGACUGGAGAUUAACAGCAAGUCUGUCCUGCCUCCCAUCAGCAGUCAGAGGCACAGUCACGACCGGCCACAACAAUCAGUUGGACAUUUCCAGACCCAGCAGAUAUCAAGGAGCCGUAAGGACAGUCUAGAGAGCGAGAGCUCAGCUGCUAUCGUCCCUCACGAGUUGGUGCGAACACGACAGCUGGAAAGCGUGCAUCUGAAGUUCAACCAGGAGUCUGGGACUCUUCUCCCACUGUGCCUCAGAGGUCGUCUGCUUCAUGGCCGACAUUUCACAUAUAAAAGCAUUAAUGGAGACACGGCAAUCACCUUCGUAUCUACUGGGGUAGAAGGGGCCUUUGCCACAGAUGAGCAUCCGUAUGCUGCGCAUGGACCAUGGCUACAGAUACUACUUACUGACGAGUUUGUAGAGCAGAUGCUAGCUGACAUUCAGGAUUUGAGCACCCGUGAAGUGUCUAAGCUGCCGAAGGAGUACAGCUGGCCCGAUAAGAAGCUAAAGAUCUCUGUCCUGCCAGACACAGUGUUUGACAGCCCACUGCAGUAAGACUGGGAGCUCACUGUCCCUGAUUACAAACCCACAACUACAGAAAGAAGCUCAACUCUUUUGCCUGGCUCAUGUGCCUACAGAUGGCUGAAGGAAACAGACGUUCAGACACUUCCCCUUUUCCCAGAGAGCAUCGUAGAUAAUUGCACAUGACAUAGAAAAUUUUUUAAAUAUACAACAUUUUGUAUUGUCCGUUAUACCUCUUGUCUUUGCAUUGGUCUACCUAUUCACUCUUAAAGGGUUAGUUCACCCAAAAAAUGAAAAUUCUGUCAUUAAUUACUCACCCUCAUGUCGUUCCAAACCUGUUUUGUGUGAGCUAUGCGACGUGGAUACGCCGUUUUCAUUCAAAUCAAAGCAUAAACGACGUAAACAGCGUAUCCGCGUGG